AUGGCCACAAAGCAGAGAUUUAUCACCUGUCCCAAGAAUACAUCUGUGGGUCUCAGAGCAUGCCCAGAGCAAACGUGACGCAACCCUGUGAACUCCAGCACAGAACACUCCCACUAACAAAAACAGAAGCCAUCGGGGCAGCCAGCCUUACAGAAGAGGUCACGGCCAGGCCUGGGAACUGCUUAAGAAAAGAAAACACCCGCCCUAAACUUCAGCUCACUGCUUUGCUAAAUGCACAAAUGUGUCUCUUUUGAACCCAGCUCAAAGCUGAUCUCUGUGGAAGGACGCCCGAGUGCACUAAAAUAGCGCUGCCCAGCUGCAGCACUGACAUUUGGAGCACAGCAGGCAGAGCAGCAAGGCACGGGCAGCAGCUCCGAAGCGCGCACUGACAGCCGAGGAGGAGCCCAAGGACCUCACUGCUGGGAGGAACACACCAAUGAGCGCGGCAGGGCAGCGCAGGAGGCUUCGCUGCGAGCAAUCGCUCCACUGGGGGACAGGCCCUGUGCUAACGAUGCAAGGCUCUCGAGACCCUUAGCACCUUCAUUAAAGCACCGCAGCAGUCCAAUCAGAAAGGAACAAAGACAUUGUAAGAUGUUCAACUCCAGCACAAACUCCUCGGGAAGCAGCUGCAGUAACAGCACAGUAAUAACGAAGACAGUCAUUCCCCUGAUCUACUGCCUGAUUUUCGUGGUAGGACUGCUGCUGAACGGCGUGGCAGCAUGGAUCUUCCUGUGCAUCUCCAGCGAGAAGAGUUUCGUCGUCUAUCUCAAAAACAUCGUUGUUGCAGAUCUCCUAAUGAGUUUGACAUUUCCUUUCAAAAUUCUUGCCGAUUCGGAAAUCGCACCUCCACAGCUCAACACAUUUGUGUGCAGAUACUCUGCUGUUGUUUUUUAUGCAAACAUGUACAUCGGAAUAACAUUUUUUGGCCUCAUAGGUUUUGACAGGUACUACAAAAUCGUGAAGCCUUUAUUCGCCUCCUUUGUUCACACGGUUCACUACAGUAAGGUUAUCUCCGUCAUCAUAUGGCUAUUGAUUAUGUUUAUAACGCUUCCAAAUAUGAUUUUAACUAACGAAAUCCCUAAAGCAAAUUAUUCCAGAAAAUGCAUCGGUCUUAAAAGCGAGCUUGGCAAGCAGUGGCACAAGGUGUCAAGUUAUAUUUGUACAGGGAUUUUCUGGAUUGUUUUCCUCCUACUCAUCAUUUUUUACACUUCAAUCUCAAAAAAAAUAUACAGCUCCUACAAAAAAUUCAGACGGAACUCGGACUUCGCUAAGAGAAAAACCAGCCGUAAUAUAUUCACCAUCAUGUUCGUGUUUGUGCUCUGCUUCGCGCCGUACCACUUCUGCCGAAUCCCGUACACCCUGAGCCAGACCAGCUCACGCUUCGACUGCCGCUCACAGAGAGCUCUGUUCCACGCCAAGGAGUUCACUCUGCUAUUAUCUGCUGCCAACGUGUGCCUCGAUCCCAUUAUUUAUUUUUUCCUCUGCCAACCUUUUAGAGAAAGGCUGUACCAAAAACUGCACCUCAAGCUGAAAACGUCAGGUGAGGCUGAAAUUACCAAAUCGAGGAGAUCAAACACGCUUCAGGAAAGCGUGAACAUCCUGUAAGGUCAGGUCUGUGGAAUAACGCAGUCUUGAAAGUUACCCCAAAACGCAAACACUGACACUGCAGAAAGAAACUGAACAGAUGAUGACCAGCAAUAAACCAAAAAAUGUUUCAAGCACAAAAUACCAAGCAGUGUUCCUCUAUAUAGAAAGUCUAUUGCGUGCUGUCAGUGUACUUACUAUGUGGUAUUUCAGCUGACGCUGUGUGCAGUGUGACCUAUCUGGAUCUCAGAAAACAGUAACUGGAACAAAACAUUCUGGAGUGCCAGGCCACAGUUCUGAAAGAAUUAUCCAAUAUCCCAGCCACGAACUGCCCUCAUUUCUCAUGAAGCCAGGCAGGACACAUCUGAGGAGCAGCAGGGCAGCCCAAAGGGGAACAACAGAUCAUCCCAGCUCAACCAGAGCAGACCCCUUGAAGCAACACGAUAAGCUCAGCUGGGCCUCCCUGGCUCAGCCUCUGCCCUUGAGAGCUCUCUGUGCAUUCACCAACUCAGACAGCAAAGCCUUUAAUGAAGUGCUCAAAUGCUUUAAUGAACUGCCAAAGAAAAGGCAGCUCUGUGUGUGUGUGUUUGUGUAUGCGUCUGCAUAUAUAUAUAUAUAGGCAGUUGUGUAUGUAUAUAUAUAUAUAUAUGUAUAUAUGAGGAGUGAUAAAAUCCUCAAAGAUUUGCAUAAAGCCUAAAAACAAAACAAACAAAAAAAACCUAGGUGAAACUUAUAAAAAUAUUUUUACUUUCUUAAGCAAAGUGUUCUACAAGUUUAGAGAAUUAAACAACAUGACUGUUCGUCAUCCUAAGGCAUCAAGAAGGCAGAGAACUUCUAAGAUGCAAUGUUCAAUAUAUGAAAAUGUUUAAAGAGGGAUCCUUCCACACGCUGGUAAGCACCGGGCCGUUGUAUGGGGCUGCUGAAUCACAGCCUGAACCUCUGAUUGAUCACCUGAGGUAAGCAGUGAGUCAGCCAAGGAGCAC